CUGAGCCUGCUGAUUGUCCUCUUCCAAUCUUUUUGCACAAAACGAUUCAUCCCUUGUCAUCACCAUCACCUGUUAGAAAUAAUGAGCAGUUGCGACUUAUUAGCGCUAUCCCUUCUCACCUUCACAACCGUAAGCGCUUUGUUAAUUUUGUUGACCUUGACCAAAAAGAUGAGACAAGUGCCGAAAGGGUACUGGAAGGAAAUCGGUACAGUUUCAAACCUCUACAUCUACCCUUUGAAGAGUUCGAGAUACCAGUCUUUGCCUGUAGCCGUCACGACGGGAAAAGGCCUAAAGGAAAUCCGAAACGACGACUUGCUCGUUUUAAGUGACAGGAUAUUCGUCGCGUUCCGAGCCGACACGGCAGACUUCGUGUCAGGAAGAACGUUCCCGAAUUUUCUCGGCAUCACUGUGACAUCCGUGUCAUCGGACUCUGUAGAAUUCGCCUUCAAAGGGAAGGAACCGUUGAGGGUCAGAGUGCCAUCAGGAUUCAACAAUGAGGAGUUGAAGAUGUGGUUCGGGGAGAGGAUACCGACUGCAGACUGCGGCGACGAAGCUUCAAAGUGGAUCACAGACGUGCUUGGUGUGGAAUCGCCCGUGAGAAUGGGAUACUGGUCGAAGUCGAUAUCAGGCAGAAGAGAGGUGAAGAACUUCCACAAGGAGAAAGCAGAAUAUUACAACAUGAAAAAUGAAUAUACAGGAUCUUAUUCUGACAUAAGCAGCUAUCUUCUGAUCAACGAAUCUUCUGUAAAAGAUAUCAACUCUCGGCUUACUCCCGGCUCGACUCAGGUCUCUCAUAUGAACUUCCGACCAAACAUCCACAUUUCUGGGCCUAGAGCAUUCGCGGAGGACGAGUGGAAAUGGCUGAAAAUAGGGGAGAAAGCAGUUUUCAGGGUGUUUUCUCCGUGUCCAAGAUGUAGUUUCGUCACAAUAGAUCCGGAAACGAUGUCCAAAGACAGUAACAUGGAGCCAUUAAAAACACUGAAGACGUUUAGACUGGCUACUGAAGAAAGGCAGAGGAGAAUCGAAGGUUCGGCACCAUUUAUGGGCGUCCAUUUAGGGCUUUACGAAGAAGGGGUCGUUGCCGUUGGCGAUUCAGUGUACAUCUCCGAAAAAUUCGUUUAAUAGUUAAUUAUAAAAUGUAUUUUUACUAAUUUUAAAUUGACGCCUGAAAAAUAAAUUAUCAGCAUUGA